CAGUCCAGAGGGACAGAAAUAAUCAAUAUCUAGCCAACGAGCACUUCUCUCCUCCAGCCAAGUUUGUGGUCAAGAGGCAUACACUUUAAAUAGCAAUUCAUUCAUUAAUGAGUAUCAAUGAAUUUGAUAUCGCAUUUACAUGCCAGUUUUUAUUGUGAAACCAGGAGUCAGGGCAAGGGGAUUGUUUCCAAAUAUACCGUUAAUUCAUCCAUCCAUCCACCUACUCACUAACUGAUUCAUGUAGAUGGCUUUGUGUGCAAUGGAAUGUAUCACCAUUCACUCCCACCAUAGACUGUACAGAAUGUAAACAAAAGAAAACAUUGUUGUGAUUAGAAUGUAAUCUAAAAUAUUCUGUAUGUAGGUAGGUAAAUAGACCUUAGUACUUCAGUGCACUGAUACACUAUUAUACUGUUACAAAUGUAUUAUAAUGUAUCUAUUUCUUCCCUCUGUGUGUGUGUGUGUGUGUGUGUCUGUCUGUCUGUCUGUCUGUUCUAUACAGUGAUCUACUGCAUAGGAUUCUACCUAUGGAAUGAGGAAACGCAGUGGGCGGGGUUGACCCUCGCCCUCCUGUUGCCAGGGAUACUGGUCCAGGUGUUGAGUCUCAGGUGGUACCAUGAAGAUGGGGAAGACCACUAUUGGUUCCUGACCCUCACACACGUGUUGCAACUGGGAAUCUUCCAAAGGUUGUGGGACUGCAUGGUGUCUGUAUGGGACAUGCAGGGUACUGUGGGGGAGCUGGGGGCGGCUGUGAUGCAGCAGGCUGAUGUGUCUGCCCUCCGCCUGUUGGAGGCCCUGGUCCUCACCCUCCCUCAGACCCUGCUGCAGACCUACGUCCUGGCCGUCACUGACGUGGAACUCGACUCCCCGGUGGCGGCGUGCGCCGGCCUGUGCCUGCUGUCGCUGUCCUGGGCGCUGGUGCUGUUCAGCCGGGCGUGCUGCCUGAUACGCCCUGGACACCUGGCCAUGCCCCCGGCCGCCCUGCUGUGCCAGCUGCUGUGGAGGGCCGGCAUGCUGGGCGCCCGGGUGGCCAGCCUCAUGUCCUUCGCCCGCUACUUCCACUGGUGGGUCUGCGGCGUGGCAGGCUUCCACUGGCUCACAGCGUCUUUCUGGCUGGUCGCCCAGCAACCCGAUAUCUGCACCGGCCCGUGGCGCUGGCGGCUGUUCAACGCCGUGCUGGGAUUGGUCCACAUCUUCCUCUUCCUCAAUGUCAAAGACGGCCCCUCACACUUCCGCAUGGCCGGCUUCUACCUGGCCAUGCUACUGGAGAAUGCCACCCUACUAGUGGCAGCGUCAGACUUCCUCAGUGAGAAAUCAUGGGAUAGCAUAACCCUCCCUACCGCCGUGCUGUGCAGCUUCCUGCUUGGCACCACCUCUUUGGUCCUGUACUACCGCUUCCUCCACCCCAAGUCCACCGAGAUCGCCCAAGGCCAAGGCCAGGGCCAGGGCCAGGGCCUGGGCCACCGCAACCACCACAUGGGCUCCACCUGCCUAGAAGGCCUGGAGCAGGGCGAAUCUUCCUACUCCCUGGGGGGUGGGGGUGGUGACAAGAGUCUCCCCCAGGCUGCCCCCUCCUCCCUGCACAACCACGGCAGCUUCUCCCUCUCAGGCGUGGCCGGCUCCCUCCUGGAGCAUCCUGGGAGUUGCGGUCCCAGGCCGGGUAACUCGUGCCCCUGCCGCCACCACCACUGGCUCCUGAUUCGCUUGGCACUAAAAACCGGUGACGUGGGGAAGAUUAACCACGCCUAUGGCGCGGCGGCCAUCUUGGAAGUGGACGAGUCCUAUUGUAACAAGAGUACGGGCGGCGGUGGGACGACCACGGCAGGCGGCGGCAGCUGCGACGGGGUCUCCGGGGCCUCGGUGUCCGAAUCGCAGGGAAUGAAGGGGGGCCUGGCGCCCCUCUCGGACUGCAAGGAGGAGUUCCAGAGCGCUAGCGACGAGCCCACGUCAGCCGAGAUGCCCGGCGAGGGCGAGGAGGAGAGCAAGGACAGCCUGGAGGACAUGGAGAGCCCGCUGGAGUCGCCGGCGUCUGACUCCUUCAAGCGUAGCUCGCCCGAGGGCAAGUCGGUGUAUGGGGAAAGCCCCGAGCCCUACUUCUGCCCUAACACCACCCUGUCCAGCACCACACUGUACUUCAGCGCCGACCCCCAGUCCCCCAGCAGCACAAGCAACCCCCGCCUGGACCGGCUGGACCGGGUCAGCCCCCCCAUGGGCAUGGCAGGCCUCAGCUCCAUCCCCAGCGACCCCGCCCACAGGGACGUCAGGGGGCUGCAGAUGGGUCGAAUGGGGCCGUGCUACACCUCCUCACCCAAACUGGACUCUGGGGCACAGGGGGACUCACCGCCCAGCAUCCCCCAUCUGAGUGGUCCCAGGAGGCAGCUGAUACUGUCACGCCGAGACCAGGACGAUGGAUUUUAGUAACGAGGGAGAGAUUAAAAGAGAGAUGGGAGAGAGAGACUGAUUAUGCUUCCUCUCCAUUGACUUUUCAAUCUCAACACCAGCUCAAAACCAGCUCAUUUAGAAGACACAUAUCUUAUGUAAUAUACAUUUCCUAUAGAGGUGCACUGUUACCAAUUCUUGCUGAUCAUUCCAAGUACCAAGUACUUUCUCUUGAGGAUCGGCCGAUACCGGCGAGUACCGAUUUAAGUAUUUAUUUUUCAUAACAUUAACUUUAACCCAGUUCAAUCAAUGCUACCUCCUAAUCAACCAAACAAAAUACAGUAAACAAAUAAUGAUAUAUAAAAACACAUAAAUGCUUAUGAAAAAUAAUGAUAUUAUCACCAUACUUAGGCGCCGAAACGAUAUGUAUUGUGAUUUUCACGCUUCUAUAUGUAUUGCGAUUUGAUG